AAAAAGCGCCAUAUUGUAGAUUUGUAGCGCGGGUCACUAGCGCGUGUGUGUGCAACGAUUACAUUUUUAUUAAUUCAUUUAGUUAUAAUAAAAAUAUAUAAUUCAUAUACAACAAUAAUAAAUAUAUUGUUUAUAGUGAUUAAUUAUAAUUGUAUAUUAUCUUUAAGUUGAUAAAAUGGAUCCGGCUAAAUUAAAAGUGGCACAAUUACGUGAAGAAUUAACAAAGCGUGGUCUUGACACCAAAGGAAACAAGGCGGUGCUCGUUGAUCGGCUUCGUAAGGCGUUGGAAAAUGAUACUGAUAAUUCUAAUGAAAUCAGUACGGAAAUUGAGAAUGAAGACACUGGUUCACAGGAAGACGAAUCAGAGUCGACAAAAUCAUUAUCACCAGUUAAAACACCUGGACGAUCAUCACGUAGUCAAGCAAGUCCAAAAGUAACGCCAACUCGUGGCUCACCAAAGGUUUUAUUAUCACCAGGUAGUCAAAAAAUAACAACAACGACACCAACAACACCAGUGAAAUCGUCAGUUGUUGAAGGUGCAAUGUCACCAAUACCUGAUGAAGAAAAAACAGUUGAAACUGAGGAGGCUAAAGCUGUUGAUGAAUCAACAGUUAUAUCAACACCAACAACAACAGCUGAUAAAACAGUUGAUGAAAAAUUGACAGAAACAGAAACAAUCGAACCAACAGUUUCUAAAGAUGCUCAAGAACCAGUAGAAAGUUCAACACCAAGUGAACAAAUAACAUCAACAGAACAAAUUAAUGAAACCGAAGAAAAAGCUGUUGAACCAAUUGUUUCUGAAGUAACUAGUGAAACACCAGUUGAUACUGAUAAACCAAUUAUCAAAGAACAAGAUAAACAUGAGGAAGAAGAAAAAAAAGAAGAACAACAACAACAGGUAGAUGAAAAAGAACAAGAAAAAGAAGAAGAAAACAAACAAGAUCAAGAAGAAAAUAAAGAUAAAAAACUAGAAGAAGAAUUGCCUGUUAAAGUUGAUGAACCUUGUCAAAAUGAGCCUGAAGAAGUUAAAGUAUCAACAACCAGUGAAGAAAAUAUACCUGAAAUAAAUGAAAAUUCUAAUGUUGACGAUGAUAAUAAUAAACAAGAUGUAAAUGACAAUGACAAUGGUGAUGGUGAUGAAAAAAUGGAAACAAAUGAAUUAAAUGAAGAAAAUUUAAAUGAUGAAAUAAUUAAUAAAAAUGAUAAUAUAUCACAAAUUAAAGAAGAUUCAACAACAGAUGUUAAAAUUGAACCUGAUAGUAGUAACAUUGAUGUAAAAUUAAAUAAUGAAGAUGAUAAUAAAUUAACAGAUGUUAAAAAUGAAAAUAAUAAAGAUGAAAUAAAUGAUAUUGAAAUGAAAACAGAUAUUAAAAGUGAUGAACAAAUAAAAGAUGAAAAAGAUACUGAUAAAGAUACAAAAGAUUAUGAUAGAAAAGAUAGAAAAGAUAGAAAAAGAAAACGUUCAUCAAGUUCACAAGAUGAACGUCAAAAAUCACCACAACCAUCAACAUUACGUAGUGAAGAUGAACCAGAAAUUGAUAAUUCACGUGUAUUAUUAUCAUGGUAUGAUUCAGAUUUAAAUCUUGUUAUUGAUAAAACAAAAUUUUUAUCAGCAACACCAAUGCAUAAUGAUGGUUUUAGUUAUGUAUGGGCUGGUGCAAGAGCAUCAUAUGGUUUUACAAGUGGUAAAUUAUAUUAUGAAGUUAAAAUAACACAUGAAUGUAAUGUAUCACUUCAAGAUGAACAAGAUCCACAUGUAUUACGUGCUGGUUGGUCAUUGCUAAAUUCAUCAAUGCAACUUGGUGAAGAUAAAUAUACAUAUGGCUAUGGUGGUACUGGUAAAAUAUCAACAAAUCUUGAAUUUAAAGAUUAUGGACCAAAAUUUGGUUUAAAUGAUAUAUUAACAUGUUUUAUUGAUUUUACUGAUAAUGACAAAAUUGUCAUGAGUUAUAAAUUAAAUGGCAAACAUUUAGGUGAUGCAUUUACAAUAUUAAAAAGUGACGUAGAUAAUAAACCAUUUUAUCCACAUAUAUUAACUAAAAAUUGUGGUUUUGUUUGUAAUUUUGGUGAUGAAAAAUCAUGGACUGAUGAUAUACCAGAUGAUUAUAUACCAGUUAGUCAAGUUGAUAUUAAAGAACGUUUUGCUGGUCCACAAAGACCAGAUAAACGUGAAGAUUGUCAAGUUUUAAUGUUGAUUGGUUUACCAGCAUCUGGAAAAACUGUAUGGGCAAAUAAAUAUGCCCAAGAAAAUUCAGAUAAAUUAUACAAUGUUCUUGGAACAAAUAAUCUCAUUGAUAAAAUGAGGGUUUCUGGACUUGCAAGAAAAAAAGCUUACAAUACCAGAUGGGAUACAUUAUAUACAAAAUGUAACAAAUGUUUGACAACGCUUCUUGAUGUUGCAUCACACAGAAGACGCAAUUACAUACUGGAUCAGACAAACGUAUAUCCGUCCGCACAAAGACGCAAAAUGAGGCAUUUCUAUGGAUUUCAACGGAAGGCGAUUGUUAUUGUACCAACGGACGAAGAAUUCAAGUCGCGUACUGCUAAACGCGAGGCCGACGAAGGCAAGGACGUUCCUGAUAACAAUAUCUUGGAAAUGAAAGCAAAUUUUGAAGCACCAAAUGUUGGUGAAUCAUUUGAUGCAGUUGAAUGGAUUGAACUUAAUGAAGAAGAGGGUAAAAAAUUAAUAUCAAAAUAUAAUAAAGAAGGUAAAGAUGCUGGUUAUGGACAACAACAAAGUAGUAAACGUUCACGUUUUGAUAAAACAAAUGAUAGUCACAGAGAUAAUCGUGAUGUGAGAUCUAGUCGUGAUAGUAGAGACAGUAGAGAUCAUCGUGAUAGAAGAAAUGCAUAUUCAGAUAGAAAUCGUAAUUCAACGUGGCGUGGUGGUAAUCAAAUUGGAAUGAGACACAGUAACAGUGGUUAUGGUUCAUCAUCUGGUGGUUGGAGUGAUCGUCGUCCAUCAAAUUCAUCAUAUCGUGGUGGUGGUGGCGGUGGUGGUUAUGGUUCAUCAUCAAGUGGUUAUCGUGGACGUGGUGGUUCAUCAAAUACACCAUAUCGUAAUAAUGACAGACGUGGACCAUCAUCAGACAGACGUACAAGUGGAAAUGAUCGUAGAGUAUCAUCAAGUAGACAAGGUGGUUGGGGUCCAAUGAAUAGCAAUUAUAAUAAUUCAAAUUCAUCAAAUUGGGGUAAUUCAUCACAUGGUAGUGGAUGGUCUGGUAAUUCAUCAUCAUCGUCAUCAUCAUCAACAACACAACAAAGUAAUUGGAGUAGUGGACAAAGUGGUAAUUGGAGUGGUAGUACUAAUUCAAAUAGUGGAGGACAAGGUGGUAAUUGGGGUGGUAGUUGGAAAGGAUAUGGAUCAAAUUCAAAUUAUAAUCAAAGUAGUUAUGGUAGUGGACAACAACAACAACAAACUUAUGGUAAUGGUGGUAAUUGGGGAUCAUGGAAUAAUCCAUCACAACAGCAGUAUUACGGUCAGUAUUGGGGACAAUCACAAGGACAAACCAGCACCAGUGGACAAACAACAACUGGAAGCUCAUCAACACCUGCAGCAUCCUCAGGCACUACCACUUCAUCGUACAACAAUUAUCCAGCAAACUGGGGAAGUUAUUCUGGUUCAUAUAAUUACUCAACUGAUAGUACUAAUCCCAGCACUCAAAAGUAGACAUUCAAGUUAUUUCGAUGGUAAUAAUAAUUUUUUUUUUUUUUUAAUUUUAAAAAAAAUUUAUUUAUCAUGUCGGAAUAUUAAUUGCAAAUAAAAUUAAUAAAUGAGAAUAGUUUCAUUUUCUUUUCUUUAUUUAGACACAAUACCACUGGAUUAUUGUUUUUUUUUUUUUUUUAAUUAUAGUCUUACUUGUUGUGAAAAAUUAUUGUAAAAUUAAUUUUGCAUUUUUUUCAAGUCGUGUGCUUUUUCUUUUUUUUUUAAAUAUUAUUUAAAUUACCAACGACAGACGAUAGCUUGUAAACUACAUCUUGUGAAUAAGUUUUUUUUUUUUCUUUUUGUAUUUAAAUUUUAUAAUUGAGUAAUUAAUUUUUGAUAUAAAUUAAAUUGAAAAUAAGAUGUAGUUUGUAUUAGGGAUGAGAUGAAAUAUAUUAAAUUAAUAAGCAAUAAUAAAAUAAUGUAUUUAAUCAUGGCAAUUUUUUUUUUCUACUUGACAAUCAUUAAAAAAAAAAAUUAGUGCAAUUUGCAUUUCUUAGGCCAUGAUUUAUAUUUUAAUUAAAAUUUAAUCUCAUCUUUUUCGUCUUGAAGCACAUUUA